AGGACGGCGGCCGCGUAGGGUCACACCGGCGGGAAGCGGAAGUGACGUCCCCGGGCCGGGCGUCGCCGCCAUCGCCAUCAUGGUGGGCAAGUCCUGCGUCCCGGAGCGGUGGACCGACUACGUGCCGCUGGGCAGGAGGAUGCCAGGCACCCGCUUCAUCGCCUUCAAGGUGCCCCUGAAGGAGAGCUUUGAUCAAAAGCUUCUUCCAGAGGAGAGAUUUUCACCUUGUGACCUCCUUAAGAAAAUCAAAGAGCAGAAGGAGGAGCUGGGGCUGAUCAUUGACCUAACCUACACAACUCGCUACUACAGGCCAGAGGAGCUCCCAGCCACCCUCUGCUACUCCAAGAUCUUGACCAUGGGCCGUGAAAUCCCAAACAAACAAACCAUUUACCAGUUCAAAUAUGUAGUCAAGAAGUUUUUGGAAGCCAACAAAGACAAUGAUAAACUGAUUGGAGUUCACUGCACCCAUGGCCUGAACAGAACUGGCUACCUGGUCUGUAGGUACCUGAUUGACGUGGAGGGCAUGGAGCCCAACGCCGCCAUAGAGCUCUUCAACAGGUCUCGAGGGCAUCCCAUAGAGAGAACCAACUACAUCCAGGACCUUAGGAAGAGAGCUGUACGAAAGAACUGUGGAGUGAAGAAUUUGGGCUCAGGCUCCUUCAGAGGAAAAUCCACUGCUACAGCAAACACUAAAGCACAGAUCACCAAACAUCGUCCACAUCUCUCCAACCAGCACCCCUUGGCAGUGCCCAGGAACUCCAGCAGCUCCAGGAAGAGACGGCGGCGAGGCCCUAAGGCACGGCCCCGGGAGCUGGCACAGGACGCCGUGGAGCGGCGGCAGCCCUGCGGUUUGGCAGCCAGGAACUCUCGGCUCACGUUGCCUACCGAGCAGCAGCGCAAGAGACUUUGCUUCUCCACCCAGAGCCUUCAGUUCUGCCCGCAGCAGAAAGCUCCAGCAGCCAGGAAACGCAAGCGCCGGCGUAAGGAGCCUGCCGAGACAGCCUAGGGAGUGUGGGACCUCACCAAAGCCCGGGCAGGGCUCCGCAACGCCGCGGGGCGGCUCCGAGGGUAUCUCGGCGUAACCUCCACCAGCAGGAGUCAGGGACUGCAGACGCAGAACUCUUCGUCCUAACCCACAGCUCUUGGGUUUGACCUUUUUAUUCCCCCUUCAUUCUUCCCUUCCCUUUGAUGCUUUAACGAAUCCGACAGGAAUUUUGUAGUCCUCUGUCGUGCCAGAGACUCCCUGAGGGAUGCGGAGAGCGAGCAUGGACCUAGACAGAGCUGGAGUGAAACAUCCUUUGACCUUCCAACCACGAAAAAAGGGCUUUUCCUGCACUGCCUCCGCACCAGGAGUGGGGUUCGGCAUGGAAUAAGAUUUAUUUUGGUUCUUUUCACCCACUUUUGCUGAAGUAAAGCUGCGCCGUGUGUAAA